UCCUAACUGCCUUGUGAAUGUUAUUUUGUGUCAGGAUGUUCAGUUCUGACAGGCCUUUGGGAGAAGGGGACCUGAGGAAAUUACUGAAGCUGUACCGCACAGAAAUUUCAAUGGCAGUGGAUGAUGUCUUCCCAUUGCUUCAUGGACUUGUGGAUCAUGAUGUUGUCACGGAAGAGAUGUUCAAGGACACGAUCCAUCUGAAGGAGAAAGAGGGGUGCCACAAGGCUUUUCAUGCCAUGUUGACAUGGCUGCUGAGUCAGGAGUCACCUUCUAUUCAGGACUUCUGGAGGGUCCUCUUCAAGGACUACAACCUGGAGAGAUAUUCCAAACUCCAAUCCAUCCGGAGCAACUUUCCCAAAGAUAUGGACCUUGGCAGGCUCCGCAGGGCAAGGAAACUCCCAGCCAGCCCUAAGAUACUGGCUCAACACAAGUCUCAUGGAAAGCGAAAGGCAACAGAGGAGAAAGAGCCUUCACACCACUCUAAGCUUCUAGUGAAAGGCGACCCACACCUUGGGUCUCUGUCCAAGGCAAAAGCAGUGAAGAAAGCAGAGAACAUUGAAAUUCAGCACUGUCCACUUCCAAAUGGAGAUAUUAAGAAAUGCAUCAAAGUUGGUGGUGAGUUUUAUACCACAAGCAAUUUGGAGAAUCCUGGAGAAAAAAACAGAGCUUGUGAACAAAAAUCCAGUGUGAAAGCCAAAGAAUCCCAGGUCCCUGAAUAUAAGGGAGAACAGAGAGGAAGUUUGCAGGGCAAAUGUCCCACCAUCUCUUUCCAUACUGUUGACCCAGCCCUCCAGCAGAAGAAUGAUGAUGAAUGUGCUGUCUGCAGAGAUGGUGGGGAGCUGAUCUGUUGUGAUGGAUGCCCCAAAGCCUUUCAUCUGGCUUGCCUUCAGCCACCACUGACAGAAAUUCCCAGUGGAACGUGGAGAUGUGACUCCUGCUCUCCAGGGAAGGUGAAACAUGACAGGCACAGUGAAGAAGAGAACACAAGACAGCAACUUUCUCAAACUCUGGGUCCUCUUACUCUCUAUGGCCAGAAGACAGUCGAAGAUCGGAAGAGAGUUCUCAUCAAAGAACCUGUUGGGGCUUCCUUCAGGCAGCCUCUGUCUUCUGUAUCCCCAAUGUCUGUGGCAGUACUACCAACACUACAGAGUGUGGGAACAGAGACCCAGCUGAAACUGACCAUUGGGGAAAAGUGUGGUGUAUGCAGAAAAGGAGGUGAUAUGAUCUACUGCAGCAAAUGCUUCAGGGCUUUCCACUGGCACUGCCAUUUUCCUGCCCAUGCAGAUCAAAUCAGUGGAAUCUUGAUCUGCAAGUCCUGCUCUGGCAGCCCUGCUACUACCACUGUGGAAGGAGCAGCAACCUCAAGCAACCCAGCACUAAGAGCAGUAAAGGUGGUGGAAGAAUGUGCUGCGACUGAACCAGUUCUGAAUAAAGAUGAGCUGGACUCUCUAUUAGGGGAGAAUACUUUUGAUGGGAUCCUGCAUUGGGCAUUCCAGAGUAUGUCUCGUCCAGUGCCAGACACACAAGGAUUUUUUCCCUAGGACCUCAGAUAUGGCACUGUCUUGUUCUAACAUCAGACCUAUCCUCAUCUUUCUGUGGCUGAAAUUCUGACACU